AUGAAUAGUACAAGUUUGAGGUCUACAUUUGCGGCCACCGAUUUGGAGGCUAUUUAUGUAGGAGGAUGUGCUGCCACGAUGAACGAAGUCGGUACGAUACUGGCUACCGCAGUCGAGGAAGAUGUUGUGAUCAGCAAUGUCGAGACAAAUACCGUACUUCACCGCUUGGAAGGGGAUGGCGAGAUAGUGACUGCCCUUCAGUUGACCCCCGAUGGCAGAUAUUUGGGGGUUGUGUCCCAAUCUCAACAGCUCAGAAUUUUCAACUUAGAAUCAGAACAGUUUGUCACAAAUUUCAAGCUUUCUUCGCCAGCAUACAUCGCUGCCGUGGAUCCCACCUCUACACUGUUUGCAUUUGGAGGAAGUGACGGUAUAAUUACAGUAUUUGAUAUCGAAAACGGAUAUGUGACACAUAGUCUGAAGGGACAUGGUACGACUGUGUGCUCGCUAGUUUUUCACGGAGAGCUAAAUGGAGGUAAUUGGAGAUUGGCAAGUGGAGAUACUACAGGAACUGUUAAGAUCUGGGACCUGGUCAAGCGCAAGGCUAUCAGAACAAUCAAUGAGCAUAAUGGCGCAGUUAGAGGUUUGGCGUUCAAUGCUGAUGGCGAACGUUUGUUGACCGGUGGAAGGGACAAAAUUGUGAUACUUUGGAAUACUAAGACCUGGAAGCAGUUGUUGGUUUUACCAGUGAAGCACCAGGUAGAGAGCUGCCAAUUCACAGACAAUCAUACAAUUUUCACUGCUGGUGGCGAUUGCAUACUAAAACUAUGGAGUCUCAAUAAUGGAAAAAUGAUAAACUCUACUGAGAAGCCACUAGAGACCAGCGAAGAGCUUAUCAUUACCGGAGUUUUAGCUGCUCAGCCAAAAGGGUCUCUUUAUCUUGUCCUAUCAGAUCAAACGCUAGUAGAGAUUGAUGUUAGCAUCAUUAGUGAGGGUUCUCCACUAACAGAAAUCAGGAGAAUAGCGGGUAAUCAUGGAACCAUUGCAGACAUGAGAUAUGUUGGCCCUGAAUUAAACCUUCUAGCACUGGCAACAAACUCCCCAGGUUUAAGAGUAAUUGACCCUGUUAAUAAAUCGUUAGAGAUGCAACUAUACGAAGGGCACAGAGAUUUGUUGAAUGCGCUGGAUGUUAGUUUGGACGGUAACUGGGUUGUAUCUGCUAGCAAAGACCAUGACGCUCGGUUGUGGUUUUACAAUGGCGGACGAUUUGUCAAUGUGGCAGUUUUUAUCGGCCAUGCGGGGCCUGUCACGGCUGUUGCUCUAUCCAGGACUUCGACUGGUGUACCCCACUUUAUCGUAACAGCAUCUACUGACUUAACCAUAAAGAAAUGGAAGCUUCCCAAGCAUUUUGAAAGAGACAUAGAAGAACUGGAAGAACCAUUUACUGUGAAGGUUUCUGAAUUUACCAGAAGAGCUCAUGAAAAAGAAAUCAAUGCUAUUGACGUUGCACCCAACGAUCAGUUUUUUGCGACUGCAAGUUAUGAUAAGACCGCAAAGGUGUGGCACAUCGAUACUGGAGAGACUGUUGGAAUCCUCAAGGGUCAUAAGCGAGGUCUUUGGGACAUACGGUUCUGCCUCUACGACAAACUGAUCGUUACGGCAUCUGGAGAUAAAACCUGUAAGGUGUGGUCCCUGCAGAAUUUCACCUGUUUAAAAACUUUGGAGGGACAUACCAACUCCGUCCAAAGGUGUCAAUUCUUCAACAAGAACAACCAGAUAGUUACCACUGGUGCUGACGGACUGAUCAAGAUCUGGGAUAAGUCAUCCGGUGAAUGUAUCAAGACGCUUGACAAUCAUGACAAUAGAAUUUGGGCUUUAUGUUUAAAGAAUGACGGGUUUAAUUUUGUUACAGCGGAUGCAGAUGGAAAGUUCAGUUUUUGGGAAGACGUUACCGAUGCAACUUUGAAAGAGGAAGAGGAAAACCGUAAAGCCCGUGUUGAGCAGGAGCAGUCUUUGGCAAAUUAUGUUUCCAAUAAAGACUGGAAUAAUGCUUUCCUUUUGGCGCUAACUUUAGAUGAGCCUAUCAAACUGUACAAAGUCUUGAAAGCAUCCAUUUCUACCAACGAAGACCCAGAAUCUGUUCUUGGAUCUUUUGCUUUGGAAAAGACUAUUAAAGGUUUAGCGUUUGAUCAGAUUACCUUAUUGUUCAAGAGAAUCAGAGACUGGAACACCAAUUCAAGAUACUUUGAAGUAGCUCAAAAGCUGAUCAAAGUUAUCUUGAAGGGAUGCAAUUUGAAGGAGUUGAUUGAAGUGCCUGGAGUUGUCAAGUUCAUUGAAGGAAUCAUUCCGUAUAGUGAACGUCACUUCUCCAGAAUAGAUGACCUUUUGGAACAGACUUAUACCUUGGAUUACGCAAUUCAAGAGAUGGACAAAUUAACAGUAUAA